GAACCAAUAAAAGAAAGUGAGGAUGAGGAUAAUCUUUAAAAAAAAUGUGGAAGAAAAAUGGCAAUGUGCCAUUUUAGGAGGAUUCAUAGGCCAUCUCAGUUGGACCCGGCAACGUUUCCUAAUUGCUAACUUUGCUCCAUCACUACACCUCAUACUUCUAAUCAUUCCAAUUGUUUUUUGUUUUUCUCAUAAUUAUCAUCCUCUUUUAACUCUCUUCAUAUGUUUUCACCAUUUUCAUUAUUAUAUUAUUGACAAUUACCAUAACCAUAUAUAUAACCCUCUCUCUCUCUCUAUCUAUCUUUGGGGCUGAGGAUAUUAUUAAUACCCUCACCCUCUUCCCAUCUCUUCCUAUCCGACCUAUAACAUCUUCUCAAGAUCAAAAUCAAAUUAAAUACAUGUAAUGUAAUGAUCCAUCGUUAUGAUUUUCUCUUUGUAUUUUCAGAUCAUUCUUUCACUUUCUCUAUCUUUUCUUCUACAUGCCUUCAACUUCAAGAAACACCUCCACUCUUUCUUGACUCUUCUCACCACCACCGAUAAAAAUAAUAAUAAGCUUGAUCUAAAAUGCACAAAUCAUCCAUUCUCAUCCAAAUCAAAGCCUAAGAUAUCUCUUCCACCUCCGCGGACGAUCCACGAGAUGAAACAAUUGAUGACUUGCACAGAGAGCAUUAAUGAGUAUCAAGGGGAUGAAUAUUGUUUGAGGAAUACGAGGGCGGUGGAGGGAGGUGUAAAUAGUAAUAACACAUUUCCUCCACCACUUUCUUCGUUAGACAAUAACUGUCAACCAAGUUAUAUUUUAUUACCGGUGAGGAAGGAUGGAAGAUUACAACUCAACAAAAUGAGAGUAGAUAGACCAGACAUUCUAUAUGCUAAUCGACAAGAUGGACGGUUGAGAUUGUAUCUUGUUCCAGAUGAAUGCAACGCAAAUGAUGUGGAACAAGAAGAAUAUUAUGAAGAUGAUGAAGAAGAGGAAGAAUAUUUGGAAGAGGAAGAAAUUACAAUAGUAGAAUCGGAAUCAGAAGAGGAAAUAAUGGGUGAAGAGAGUAGGUGUGAGGAAGAUGAUAGGGCUAGAGAGUGGAGUAAUAAUAAGAAUAAUGAAAGGUAUAGAAGGAGGUGUCACCAGCAAUUGGUGAAUUAUAUUCAUGGUAGCCAUAACAACUUAGUCAUGUAUGGAGUGGCCACAUAAUUUUGUUUUUUUGUUUGAACUUUCAAUUUCGUCAAUUAUGAAAGUUAAUAACUCUAUUUGUGAUUA